AUGGCGUUUAUUAAAGAAGAGAGUGAAGAUGUGAAGAUUGAAGAAACAUUCACAGUCAAACAGGAAGAUCUGCAGGAACAAACAGACCUGAUGGUGCUGAAAGAAGAGACUCAACAAUGGAAUAAAAUGGAAGAGCAACACCAAGAAAUAACAGCUGAUGAAAAACCCACACUGACUGAAAAGACUUCAUCACUCGGAAGAUCUCGGAAAUCCAAAACUGAGUGUAAUUUCAGCAGUAAACAGUGUAGAAAGAGUUUCAGUCAAAAGCCUAACCUUGGUGUUCACAUGAGAGUUCACAUUAGGGAGAAACCUUACACUUGCGAUCAGUGUGGAAAGAGUUUUGGUAAAAAAAAAAGCUUCAAAACCCACAUGAGAAUUCACACUGGAGAGAGGCCGUACACAUGCCAAGAGUGUGGAAAAAGCUUCUGUCAAGCAGAAAACUUUGCAGUGCACAAAAGAAUUCACACUGGAGAGAGGCCCUACACAUGCCAACAGUGUGGAAAGAGUUUUACGCAAAGUGGCAACCUUAAAGACCACAUUAGAACUCACAAUGGAGGAAAAAAAUUUACUUGCACACAGUGUGGAAAAAGUUUUGCUCAAAAACAAAAGCUUGACACCCACAUGAUGAUCCACACUGGAGAGAAACCUUACAGAUUUACAGAGUGUGGUAAAAGUUUCACAUGUAAAAGCGCACUCAAUAACCACAUGAUAAGUCACACUGGAGAAAAGCCGUUUGCAUGUGCUCAGUGUGGAAAGAGCUUCACAACCAAAACUAGCCUCAUGAACCACAUGGAUGGUCACUCUGGAAUCAUAGUGUUCAUAUGUGAUCAGUGUGGAAAGAGUCUCACACGCAAAGACUACAUUAAGCAACACAUGAAGACUCACUCAAGAGAGGAUCGUUUUAGAUGCAGUGAGUGUGGAAAAGGCUUUAAACAAAAAAUAAACCUCAGCGCUCACAUGAAGCUUCACAAUGCAGAGCAGAGUCCUCAACAUUGAGACCUUGUCCACACAAACACGAGUAUAUUGAAAACGGCAGCUUUUUCAUGUAGUUUGGCUGUUCAUUGACAUGAAGUUUAUUUAUAAACUACUUUCGAGAGGAUCACAUGCUUAUUAUUGUUCACGACUGGUCCAGCAUUGGCUAACACGAUUCACCAAUCGGAUGAUUCCUGGCGCCCUAUAAAGGACAAGAGAUUCUUACCUCUGUUAUCUUCGUCGUUAUCUUUUAUACUCACUAAAGCCCUGUUCAGACUACACAAUGCCAUUUGUCAGUUACGACAGAUGAGAUUUGUGUCAGAUUAUGAGAUUUUGACUUGAUCAAAUCUUGAUGUGUUGUGGGUAACAAAUGAAGACUUUGGUUUUAAAACACUACACAUUUAUUUUGAUGGACUCAUCUCUGAAAAGAAACAAGUUUUCUUCAUGAAGACAAUUAAACUUUCUAUAGACAACUGCUCGCCUUUAAAUAUACGUUCAUAUGAAAACUCCAACAUUACUUCAAAUAAAUCGUUGAAUGGGAAA